CGCCGGCUCCCUCCGGGAAGCCUCGGGAAGAGGAGGGCCGUCCUCGACCGGAGCUGAGCAUCGUCCGGGUGGCCUGCGGGGCCGCGGCCUCUCCGCCGGCAGCACCACCUGUCGCGGGGCCAGAAGCGGGGUGAGAAAAAAGAUGUUGUCCAGGUUUAAAAUAGUUGCCACUCCUUGUGCUCUGGCAUGCCGCCAUUUGCACACAAAAGAGAAAGGCAAGCCACUUAUGCUGAACCCGAGAACAAACAAGGGGAUGGCGUUCACAUUACAGGAAAGACAAAUGCUUGGUCUUCAAGGACUUCUACCUCCCAAAAUAGAGACACAAGAUAUUCAAGCCUUACGGUUCCAUAGAAACGUGAAAAAGUUGAAUGGCCCUUUGGAAAAAUACAUCUAUAUAAUGGGAAUACAAGAAAGAAAUGAGAAAUUGUUUUACAGAAUACUGCAAGAUGAUAUUGAAACUCUAAUGCCAAUUGUAUAUACACCAACAGUUGGCCUUGCCUGCUCCCAGUAUGGACACAUCUUUAGAAGACCUAAGGGAUUAUUUAUUUCAAUCUCAGACAGAGGUCAUGUUAGAUCAAUUGUGGAUAACUGGCCAGAAAAUCAUGUUAAGGCUGUCGUGGUAACUGAUGGAGAGAGAAUUCUAGGUCUUGGAGAUCUGGGUGUCUAUGGAAUGGGAAUUCCAGUAGGAAAACUUUGUUUGUAUACAGCUUGUGCAGGAAUACGGCCUGAUAGAUGUCUGCCUGUGUGUAUUGAUGUAGGAACCGAUAAUCCGGCCCUCUUAAAGGAUCCAUUUUAUAUGGGGUUAUAUCAGAAAAGAGAUCGAUCACAGCGUUAUGAUGACCUAAUUGAUGAGUUUAUGAAGGCCAUUACUGACAGAUAUGGACAGAACACACUUAUUCAGUUUGAAGACUUUGGAAAUCAUAAUGCAUUCAGGUUCUUGAGAAAAUACCGAGAAAAAUACUGUACCUUCAAUGAUGAUAUUCAAGGGACAGCUGCAGUUGCUCUGGCUGGCCUGCUUGCAGCACAAAAAGUUAUUGGGAAACCGAUCUCAGAUCAUAGAAUCUUAUUUCUUGGAGCAGGAGAGGCUGCUCUUGGAAUUGCAAAUCUGAUAGUUAUGGCUAUGGUAGAAAAUGGCCUCUCAGAAGAAGAGGCACGAAAGAAAAUUUGGAUGGUUGACAAGUUUGGUUUAUUAUUUAAGGGGCGGAAAGCUAAAAUAGAAAGUCAUCAGGAACCAUUUGCUCACUCAGCUCCAGAGAGCCUACCUGAUACUUUUGAAGAGGCAGUAAAUAUACUUAAGCCUUCAGCUAUAAUUGGAGUUGCAGGAGCUGGCCGACUUUUCACUCCUGGUGUAAUCAAAGCGAUGGCUGAAAUCAAUGAAAGGCCUAUAAUAUUUGCAUUAAGUAAUCCUACGGCACAGGCUGAGUGCACAGCUGAAGAAGCAUACACGCUUACAGAGGGAAGGUGUUUGUUUGCCAGUGGCAGUCCAUUUGAUCCAGUGAAACUCAGUGAUGGGCAAGUCUUUACACCAGGUCAAGGAAACAAUGUAUAUAUAUUUCCAGGUGUGGCUUUAGCUGUUAUUCUCUGUAACACCCGGCAUAUUAGUGACCAUGUGUUCCUAGAAGCUGCAAAGGCUCUGACAAGUCAGUUGACAGAUAAAGAGCUGGCUCAGGGGAGACUUUACCCACCACUUGCUAAUAUUCAGGAAGUUUCUAUUAACAUUGCUAUUAAAGUUACAGAAUACCUGUAUGCUAAUAAAAUGGCUUUCCGAUACCCAGAACCUGAGGACAAGGCCAAAUACAUUAGAGAAAGAAUAUGGCGAAGCGAGUACGAUUCCCUGCUGCCCGAUGUGUAUGAGUGGCCAGAGGCUGCGGCGCGCCCUCCCCCGAUAACAGAGUAGAAGGGCACACUGAUACUUCCCGUGUGUCAGGGAGCUCCUUUUUUCAGACAGAAAGAGAUAAUGUUCUGAAAUUCAUGUUUUUUUCUGUGUUUAAACCUCCCUCCACUUUAUUUUUGCCCAUGAACCUACACUCCUGUACCAGGGUGGAUGUGUUGACUACUCUGUUAAUGCCCACCUGCACCCUGCAAUCAAAUGGCCAGAAUGCUUUCAUUCUCAUUUGUAGCUCAUAUCACAUCAGAGAUAUUAAAAAUGUUCUUGUGAGUGUCUUCA